UUGCGGUGGAGGCAGUCACGGAAGACAUUGCCCGCAGCCCGUGGCUCUCCGUACUGCCACCAGGUGGCAGCGGCUGGACCAUUGUUUCCUUUUAACUGCUCAUUCCAUCUGCGGCUAGCGCGCUCGCCAGCGGCUGCAACGAAGACGACGCACCGCUCCCCUAGCGCAGCUGCCGACGUUCACGUUUUCCUCCUCAGUUCCGCGUUGGAUUGGGCGCCUACCAAGAUGAUGCCUCGGUCCUCCCUGAGGCGCUUUACGCGCCAAGUUCGCCUCUACUCUUCCAAGGCGGCGGAGAGCGGCGGUGGAGAACGUAGCUACAAGCUGCUUGUUGUCGGUGGUGGAUCGGGCGGCAUCGCAACGGCUGCAAAGUUUGCAUCCAAGCUGGGCAAAGGAAAAGUCGGCGUUCUCGAGCCCCAUGAUACGCACUGCUACCAGCCUCUAUGGACGUUAGUCGGCGGUGGCAUCAAGCAGUUGUCCAGCUCCUUCAAGCCAAUGGCCGACGUAAUGCCCAGCCAGGCCGACUGGAUACAGGAUGCGGCCAAAACCUUUUCGCCGCAGGAGAACACCGUGGUCACCAAGCAGGGACUUAAGAUCAAGUACGACUUCCUCGUAGUAGCGAUGGGAAUCCAGGUGCGGUUUGACUUGAUCGAUGGCCUGAUGGAAGCCUUAGAGACGCCUUACGUGUGUUCCAACUACUCGUACAACACGGUCACCAAGACGCACCAGGCGAUGCAGGCGCUCAAGGAAGGCAACGCCAUCUUCACCUACCCGGCCACGCCCAUCAAGUGUCCUGGCGCAGCGCAGAAGAUAAUGUACAUCACCGAUGCAUACCUGCGAAAGGUGGGGCGGCGCGAUAAGGUGGACAUCAUUUUCAAUACAUCUUUGGGUGUUAUCUUCGGCGUGCGGAAGUACGCCGAUGCCCUCUGGGAUGUGGUAAAGGGACGUGGAAUCGCCGUUAACCUGAAGCACGAGUUGGUCCAGGUGCGGCCGGCCAAGAGGGAGGCCGUCUUCCGCUUGCUGGGCAGCACAGCUGAUCCGAAGGAGACCGUCACGUUCAAGUACAACAUGCUUCACGUGGUGCCCCCGAUGAUACCGUCGGCGGUGAUCAAUACGGGGCCCUCGUUCGCCGAUGCUGCGGGAUACCUGGACGUGGAUGGUGAGACGCUGCAGCACAAGCGCUACCCCAACGUCUUUGGCAUCGGCGACUGCACCAACGUGCCCACAUCCAAGACAGCAGCCGCCGUUGCCGGAGAAAUCGGCAUACUCCGCAGAAACCUCACGAGCGUGAUGGAAGGCAAGGCACCAACCAAAAAGUACAAUGGCUACACGUCGUGUCCGCUGGUGACCAGCUACGACAAAUGCAUCCUUGCUGAAUUCGACUCCAAAUCGGAACCCCUGGAAACUUUCCCAUUCAACCAGGCCAAAGAGCGCACUAGCAUGUUCUACGUGAAAAGGGACAUGCUGCCCUUCAUCUAUUGGAACCUGUUCUUGCGUGGCUACUGGGAAGGCCCCGGAAUCUUCAGAAAAGCGCUUCACUUGGGAUUGUCUAAAUGAAAUUCCGAUUUUUGUUUUGUUAAUGUAUGCGUGUACUUGCACUGCAAUGUUCUACGAAUAUUUGCCUUGUCUAGCGGAUACGCUGUGCCGAUUUUGGCUGUUAUUGCGCCAUAUUGGUUGUCUUCACAAGCUACGAAGACUGAUUACACUCCCAUAUUGAUAAGUAACGAAAAUCAUGUGGUGUACACGCAUUCCAUCAGAAAAUGUCGCUUAACUCAAAACUCUGCAGAAGGUUGGAAAAUAUAAGUUCCGGUGGUUUGUAUUCAAGUUGUUUCUACAAUAGGCAUCUGCAUAUUAUCAGGUUUUCCGUGUAGUGUACUCAGCGUUCUGUGCGGUGCCACUAUGCAACUCAGUCACAUGAGCGGUUAAAGGCGUAUAUAGUUGUACAGAUUGUUAUUCGCGCGCUGCUGGAAAAAUUAGCUUUCCAAUUCUUCGUUCACCUAAGUGCUUUUUGUUUUGUGUUUAUGAAACACGAAAAAUAAAGACUAUAUUUAAAAGA